AUGCGUAAACCCAAAGAUAGUUUUUCACGAGGUUUAAUUCGAAUGUCAUGGUCCAAAAAAAAUUUAUUCAUUAUUCAUCAACGUGGCAAUUAUCCACCAAGAUUACAAAAUCGUACUUUAUUUCAACAAAAAUGGCAAGCAAAAAAGGAUACAAGAGCUUAUCAUGGAGCUCAACUGAAUGAACGACAAUUUCGUAGAUUAUUUGAACCAAAACUAUCUACGAGUUUAAGCGGUAAAGAGGAAGCGAAACAUCCUCCGGUUUCAGUUUUAACUUAUGCUAGUCUGGAAAGGAGAUUGGAUUUUAUUGUAUUUAGAAGUUGUUUUGCUAGUAGUAUUUGGGCGGCUAGACAAAUGGUCGUUCACGGAAAAGUUAAUGUAAAUGGCAAAAAGAUUUCUUCUCCAUCAUAUCUAGCUAAAGAUGGUGAUGUUAUCAGUGUUAAUCCGCAUGCUAUACCUUUCCUCAUUGAUCCGAUUACACCAAAGGGUUUUACAUUCAAGCCAAUACCAUUCAUGCAACCUUUCUUAUUUAUUCCAGAAUAUCUAGAAGUCAAUUUUAAUAAUUGUUCUGUCGUAUUUUUAAGAGAUCCAGUUUCUAGACCCGGAAGAAGUGAGAUUCCUUCACCUUUUCCACCAGAAACUCAUUCCUUAGCUUAUGAGUUUUAUGCGGAAAGGAUAAAGAAAAAGACGAGUAAAAGAACACGUCGUUUGAUUCCUAUUGAAGAAAAAUUUAGGAUUGAUUAA